UGGAUCUUUCUCCUGUGAUCAAAUUUGUAUCUUCAAGGUGAAGCCCCCACUUCCAUACCCCACGGUUGGGGCUGUCCCACGUUCGGCAGUCCACUCGGUGAUGCCUUCUACUGCACGCACCUCGGCAUGUGCAGAUUGGCUCAGCAAGGGUGGAUAUUUUUCCUGUGCCUGGCGCUGGCAACCGGGAUGGCUGUGCGCAUUGGUCAGGAUCAGCUUGACUCAGCGACAGCCGCCUGCUCAUCUGACCGGUGCUGACCGGGUCCGGCUCCCGCGUCUUGGCCUCGCAGUGGCAAUUUGCGCAUUUAGGGUUAGGAUUAACCAUCCAUCCAUCCAUCCAUUUUGGUGCCGAAACCCGGGACCCUCAUACCCGCCAUCUGGCUGACGGAGGACGACACGCUGUACACCGUCGACGGGCCAGCGUCCAUUAGGAGGACCUGGUAAAGAAAGACCUGGGAAGGAAAUUCUUCGCUGGGCCAGCAUCUUAGGUCUGCCUUCGUCUGACAGAGGUGGAUUGACGGGGACCUGGCAGUGCAUCGAACCAGGAGUCAAGUAAGUUAACAAUUGUGUUGUUGUGAAACGCGUAAAAGGUGCACGGGAGACAGCUUGGGUUCAAGUCCCAGGGGAAGAAACAGGCUAAGAAAAGCAGAGCUUCUUUUUCGUUCAUCGAAGGAGUGCGUAGAUUCUUCUUUGUCUGUUUUUCCAAGCUGAGGGAUCUGGCUUGGGUUAGAGUCCCAGUGGAAGGAACGUGCUAAGAAACACGGAGCUUCUUUUUUUGGUAAUCAAAGAAGAGUGUAGAUUUUUCUUUGUACGUUUUUCCGGCCAAAGAACAGCUUGGGUUCAAAUCCCAGCGGAAGGAAUGGGCUAAGAAAAAGAACAGAGCUUCUUUUUCUUAAUUGAAGAAGGGCGUAGAUUCUUUUUUUUGUCCAUUCUUCCAAGCUGUGUUGGAGGGUUUUACACCCAUCCUGGAUAGGCUUAGAAAUAAAAAGCGUUGGUGUUUGUGUGGUUGAGCGAGUGCGACUGGUAGAUAAAUUGACUGCAGAGAGAAUUUGGUGAGAGGUCAAUUUAAACCUGCAUUGAGGAUCUUCAAAGAAAAGAGAAAAGAAAUAAAAAAUUGUAUAAACCUAAAAUACCAAAUUAAGAUGGGAAACAGAACCGGUAAAUCCCUAGCUCUUGAAAGAGAUGAGAAGUACAUGGCGAGUAAAUUUCUUAAUUGUAUGCAAUAUGCCGAAGUGGAAGAAAAAGUAUGGAGUAGAAGCAAAGUUGAAAGUGGAAGUCUGGAAGAUAGUGGUUGAUGUUUUGGAGGAGAGUGUUAAUAGGAAGUCAAAGGGACUGAAAAAGAAAAGUAAAGAGAAAGAAUUGAUUUGUGCUAGAAUGUGGUUGAAUGCUUCGCAAGAGAGAAGAGAACAAAUCCAAAAGACAAAAGAUAGAAAGUUGAGAAGUGAUGAGGCUGCGUCUGUUUGUCAGGCCGGAAGACAAUGAGACCACAGUGCGUAGGCGCACUGUCCCGGCCACGGCUCCAGCCGCAGCUGGAAAUGCAGCUCAAGCGGAGCAAGAGGGAUCUUCCUCUCGUAUGCAAAACUUGUAUCCAGGUUUAACAGACCUGCACCCUCCCCCAUAUAACAGAAAGAAAAGUCAGUGUCACAUUGCUAGAAGUCCUGUACAAACAAGAAGUUUGACCACUGCUGCUAGGUUUUCCCAAAAUUUGGACAAUGUUGAUGUGUGCCCAAUGAUACAGGUGCCAAACCCUAUUGUAGGGGAAGGCCAACCUCCACAUACGUAUGUUUUUCGGCCAUGGACUUUGGAAGAGGCAAGAAAAGCAGUUGAAGGGGUUACCCCUGUUGCUGAAGACCCAGAUAAAUGGGCAGAAGACAUGGCUGUAAUCAUACAUUCCUAUAGACUGAAUGGGCAUGAGGCAAGAGAAGCUGCAAUGUCUUCUUUGGGAAAAGACUGGGCAAAGGUUAGAGGUCAUUAUACAGGUAGAAAUAAUCAAGGGCCCUUUCCCUAUCCCGGUGAGGGAAAUCAAUUGGUAGGGGAGUAUGCAGCACAAUGGAAUGAUCUUGUGCAAAGAGUGAGAACUAUAUUUUGAAGACGAGCGAAUUAUGGUCAUUUGGCAGGAAUUAAACAGAAGCCUGUGGAAGAUACUGAUGAUUUUCGCUUAAGAUUUGAAAAAGAAUUCAGGGUGCAUAGUGGCAUCCCAUUCAAUGAUGCAGCUGAGAGUGCUUAUCAGCAACAGCUUAAAAAUGCGCUACUUACGAAUUUCCGCCCUGAAAUCGGCAACUGGGUGAGGAAACAUUUGGUGGAAGUAGAUUUUGCAAGUGUGACGACUAUGCAAUGGGCCAGACAUGCUGAAAAAGUGAUCAAAAGAGGCAAAGGUUCUGAUGUAUUUCAUCUAGGUGAUGAUGAUGAUGUUGACCUAGAUGAAGAUACAACAGUCUUCUUUCAUGGGUCCCAGCACGCCAGAGGAAGAGGUAGAGGCCAACAAGGUCGCAGGCCUCCACAUAAUUCAAAACCCCCACCAGAUUCAGAGACCUGUUGGAACUGUGGGGGGCGAGGACACUUCGCAAGAGAGUGUCGUCGGGCAAAACGACACCAAUCAAAGGGUGGAGGAAGGGGCAGAGGAAAAGCCAAAUUCUCAGCAUGACUAGAUUGCCCCCCUGUGAUCUCUUGUCCUCCUACGGAGGAAGAGAUAGUAGAUGUCCAUGCAGCAUGGGACAUUUUGAAUGCAUUAAAAGAAAAACCAUAUGUUACCUUAAUCAUUGGAGGAAGUGAAGUAGAGUUUUUGUGUGAUACCGGAGCGUGUAAGACCGUAAUAAAAACUAAAGUCCCAAAUCUAAAGGCCUCCCAAAAUACUAUUUGGGUAAAAUCAGCUGAUGGGCAGGUACACAAGGAGAGUAUCUCCAAUCCAGUUGUAGUGAGAGAUGAUGAAACGGGAGUCAUAGCUUCAGUCUCGAUUGUGCUAUCCCCAAAAUGUCCCAUAAACCUUCUGGGACGAGAUCUGAUGACUAGAUUGGGAAUUGCAAUAAUUCCAGUAAAGGAUGGCAUGCGAGCAUGUAGAGUGAGAGAUGUGGACUCAUAUGCUGCACAAGCAGGUGAGCGGAUUUUCUGUUCCUAUGACGUCUCUGCUGAACAGAAUCACAAGCUACCAGGCAAUUUGCUGAGUGAAGCCCGAAAACAAUUGACACGACCUGAAUCAGAAAUGCCUUGUAAUCAAUUACAUGUCACCAUGAAUAUCCUCACUGACCCACAUGUCAUGUUGACUAUAUUGAAAGUUUUCUCAGUGACACAGAAGUAACUUUAACAAUCACUGCUCUGUACACUGAUCGCAGGUCAUUUGCAGCUGCUGCUGUGCUUCUGCCCGCUCCUCAGGAUGACAAAUACAAGUUGUCGGCUGUACCCCACAUUUCAUUGUUUAAACCUCACAGUAUAACAUGGGCAGAUGUGGGUUGCCGGAUUAAACUUGCUGAUUCUGUCACUGAUUAUGAGGAUAAAGGUGAUGGGUGGAGCUACAGUACCAGUUGUGACAUGUGGAAGCGAACUGUGUGUGAAGUAGGUGUUGGUGGGGCAGGGGCGUAUGCGCGUCCCUGACUAGUUAACAUUUGUUUGAAUGAAAAGGAGGAGGGGGAAUUGGCUGGGCUUCCUGACAAGCUGUGGACAAAAGGGCCAUCUGAUGUAGGACAGUUAACAUCCAUUCCGCCAGUGCAGAUCAAACCAAGAUCAGAGUGGCGUCCAAGAGUUAAGCAAUAUCCUUCAAAACAGGAGGCAAUAAACGGGAUUGCCCCUGUUAUAAAUGAUCUUUUGUCAGGAUGAAUCAUUAGGAAGUGCUCGGAUUCUCCUUGCAACACCUCUAUUUUUCCAGUUCGAAAGGCCAAUAAAAUUGAUUGGCGAAUGAUACAAGAUUUACGAGCAGUGAAUGAUGCAGUGCAGACAAGAGCACCUAAUGUGCCUGACCCACACACACUUCUGAACACUUUGAAACCUACCCAGAAGUUUUUCACGGUAAUUGAUCUUAGUAAUGCAUUUUUCUCGGUGCCAAUUCACCCAGACUCACAGUUCUGGUUUGCGUUCACCUUUAAAGGGCAAAGUUAUACGUACACCAGAUUGCCACAGGGAUUUGCUGAUAGUCCAACUAUUUUUAUGCAAGCUAUCAUGGCCUGUUUGGCUGAUUUUCAGAUGUCAAACAAAAGCCAACUUCUAGUUUAUGUAGAUGAUCUCCUGGUGGCCUCUGAAACUGAAGCUGCUUGCAGGGAAGACUCCUUGGCAUUGUUACGCUAUCUCUGCAAAACAGGGAAUAAAGUGAACAAGAACAAACUCCAAUGGGUCAGACAGGAAGUGAACUAUUUAGGUCACACGUUGACAGCUUCGGGAAGACAGAUACAGAAAACCAGAAAGCAAAUCAUUGCAGAUGCACCAAAACCGGAGACGAAGAAACAAAUUAUGUCAUUUUUGGGGCUCUGCAAUUACUGCAGAGCAUGGAUCCCACAUUAUGCGGAAAAGACGCAACCGCUGUUAGAUAUUGCGCAUGGAGUCCCCAUGGCAAUGACAGAAAAAUUAAUGUGGACUCCGGAAGCAGACGAUGCUUUUGUAGUGCUGAAACAGGCUCUGAUGGAAACCACAUCUCUUAUCUUGCCAGAUUACAGUAAAACCUUUGUACAAACCGCAGACUGCAGGAAUGGUUUUAUGACUUCAGUGUUGCUGCAGAGUUAUGGCAGCAAACUACGGCCAAUUGCAUUUUAUUCGAAAAAAUUGGAUCCAGUGGCUCUAUCCUUGCCAGACUGUGUCCAAGCAGUAUGCGCGGCAGCGCUUGCAGUGAGACAAUCUGCAGAUGUGGUGCUCUUUCACAAAAUGGAGUUGCUAGUUCCACAUGCUGUAGACGUGUUGCUACUGCAAAGCAAGAUGAACUUUUUGUCACCUGCCAGACACCUAUCCUACACUGCUACGCUUCUGUCACAACCACACAUUGUGAUAAAGAGGUGCACAGUCCUUAAUCCAGCAACGUUGAUUCCGUUGCCGGGGAAUGGUACACCACAUAACUGUUUGGAUGCUACAGAACAUCUACAGCUGCCCAGACAAGAUUUAAUUGACACACCACUUGACGAAGGGGAAAAGUGGUUUGUGGAUGGGUCAUGUUCAAAGGAUCCUAGAGGGAACAAUCAAAGUGGGUAUGCAAUUGUGAGAUUGCCAGACCAAAUUGUUGAAGCAGAGAGGCUUCCAUGCAACAGGUCAGCGCAGGCGGCUGAGCUGAUUGCACUAACAAGAGCUUGUGAAUUGGCGGAAGAUAAGGAAGUCACUGUAUACACAGACAGUCAGUAUGCGUUUUCUACUCUGUUCUAUUUUGUAAAACAAUGGGAGCGCAGGGGGAUGACAACAUCAACUGGUAAGCCGGUUACCCAUGCCUCCUUGUUAAAAGACUUGUUACAGGCCAUUCAUUUACCUGCUAAACUAGCUGUGUGUAAAUGUGCUGCUCACACCACAGGCACAGAUGAAGCCUCGAAUGGAAACAGAUUAGCAGACAGAAUUGCUAAAGAAGCAACGGCAGGGAAACAUGGCCAUGAAUUUUUUUUAAUAGAUUCAGAGGACACGCAACUCAUAGAUAAGACUAUACUGUCAGAUAUGCAGGGCAAUGCUCCAAUGGUGGAAAAAAGAAUGUGGACAACAAAAGGUGCGAUAGCGGAUACAGAUGAUAUCCUCCGCAUCAAUGACAAACCUGUUUUACCUAAAUCACUUUUUAAGGCAGCAGCAAUAGCGACGCAUGGGCCUUGCCAUGUGUCGACAGGGGGGAUGAGGUCCAUCAUACAUCAACAAUUCACUACCUUUGGUUUGGAUGUUUACUUAAAAUUUUUUUGUAAAGCAUGUCCCGUUUGUGUGAAACAUAAUCCACAAGGAAACAUGAGACCUAAGAGAGGCUCAUUUCCAAAACCGUCUUACCCAUUUCAAAUCAUGCACAUGGAUUUUAUUGAGCUCACACAAAGUGGACCUCACAAAUACUGCCUAGUGAUGAUUGAUGCAUUUUCCAAAUGGGUGGAAAUAGUUCCAUCUAAACAUGCAGAUGCCUUAACAGUGGCAAAAGCCAUUUGCAAAGCCAUCAUACCGACUCAUGGCAUUCCCCAAACCAUUUACAGUGAUAAUGGUCCACAUUUUGUGAACCAAGUGGUACAGAACAUGGCUGUACACCUUGGGAUAACGUUAAAAAACCACUGCGCUUAUCACCCUUCCAGCGCUGGCCUGGUUGAACGAGCAAACUAUACUAUCAAAAGCAGGUUAAAGAAAUGCAUGGAAACAACAGGCAGACCUUGGCCAGAGUGCCUAGACUUAGUGAAGCUCUAUAUGAGGAUUACUCCCACUUCAGAAGGGCUAACACCUUUUGAAAUCAUCCACGGGAGGCCAUAUAGACUACCUGUGUUCCAUGCAGAUUUACAAAAGGCAGAUGAAGAACAGUCUUUGGCAGAUUACAUGGUCAGAACGCUCAGACUGACAGAGGUGUCAAAUGCAAAUUUACUGCCGCCUGAUCUUUCAUCCUCACAGGUUGACAACACCAUCAAGCCAGGAGACUGGGUCUACAUCAAAGUCAUCAAAAGAAAGAACUGGGCCAGCCCACGGUGGGAGGGACCAUUCCAAGCCUUGCUGACUACCCCCACUGCAGUAAAGAUCGCUGAACGGCCCAGCUGGAUUCACCUCAGCCACUGCAAGCUACAAGGAGUGCUGGACCCCUAAUUCGGAGUGGUUGGGAAGCCUGAUUUCAAACUAGCCUCAUCGUCUAGGGUUAGACGUCUCAAUGUUGGUGACGAGAACAACAACACCCACUCCGCUAGGCGAGGGUAUGCCUCGGAGUCUCUGUCAUUCAAGUAGCAACGGGGCUCCAUAUGCCAGGUGGAUCCUCUGCUGCGUUGUGGUUGGAGCGUGCUAUGGUCUAUGGACUCAACUGAACAGACCAAGUGAUAAUGUUGACCGUGGAAGACGAUGGUCACACGAUGAGAACUUUGAGGACUGGUCAUGGGACCCCAGAAACCCCUACGAAACCAACACUUGGUACCGCUACGUCAAAUUCACUGUGAGGUCGCACACAGAGGAUGGUUGCUAUGUUUGUUCCAAACUUCCUCCUUCCUCUACACAAGUUCGCUUGGAGGCCAGAGCAAUGAAUGUCACUGAAGCGAAAUGCAUGGCAUCCAUGGGAGGAGUUGGAUAUCAACACCAUGCUGUCACAGUCAGUGAUGCCGACCCUUCCCGCCCUGGACUUGCAGAAGGUACCUGUGAUCAGCUUUUCUGGACAAAUCUCAAUGUGACUGUUAAAGGACGAACAUUGCCGCAGGUCGCCUACACAGAGCGGCCGCCUGGAGUGAACUAUACGUGUUACAUCCAAGGAAGCGAGACCCACAAAUGCAUUGACAGUGACUGCUCUCCAGGAGGGAACUGGAUGGGCGCUCUGGACAUCGCCACCGAGUGUCAAGAUAAGAGAGCCAUUUCAGGUGGUGAGGGCUCUCCGACCAACAUGGCUGCACCAUCGAACGGAACAUACUUCAUACGGAAUGGCUGGUGGCUUUGUGGUCACAAGGUUUAUCCGAUGCUGCCCGCCAACUGGACAGGAGUGUGUGCACCAGUGUGGGUGACGGACCACACCUACAGGAUACAACAUCGUCAGCUGACGACAGCACACAACUCUUCUGGACGUCAACGUAGGGCGAUUACAACCUUUGACCCCCAUGACCCUGUCUGGGGUGCGAAUGUUCCGGACGACCAUAAAAUAUGGCCUGUCGGAAACAAAGUUGUUCAUGCGCUUUUUCCUUGGAUCGGAGUUGGAAAACAAUCUCUCUUCAUCGAGACACUGAACUAUCGUUUUCAGUCCUUUGUGAACCUCUCACUGCAAGUCGAUGAUGGACAGAAUAGAGAGAUCCAGGCUAUUAGACUAAUGGUCUUGCAAAACAGGAUGGUUCUGGACUUGUUAACGGCAGCACAAGGUGGUGUAUGCCACAUCAUUGGGACUUCCUGUUGCACAUACAUUCCAGGAGAUAACGACACGCACAUCAAGGAAGCCAUGAACUCAUUGAGGAAUUUACAGCAGGCCAUGUCGGAGGACAAAAUCCCACGUCAAUGGGAUUUCUUUUCAUGGCUAUUCUCUGGCGCCUGGUGGCAGUUGCUGUUGAAACUUUUGGCUCCUGUGCUUGCUGUGCUGGUAUUGUUGUGCUUGUUUACGACCUGUGUUAUCCCGUGUUUGAAGUCUGCUGUGACAAGGUUUGUGUCUUCUACCGUGGCACAAGUACAUAUACAGCUUCUUAGAGAUGACGGAUGUGAUAACUAUGAUGUGGUGCAAAACGUGGAUUGCGUAGAUGCUGUUUGACUCGGCAUUGUUUUACGGAAAGUUGAUGAUUUGACCAUCGAAAAUGCCUUGCAAGUGAUGGAUUCAAUGAUGUACCGUUUCUGUGUUUUUCUUUUUCUUUUUUUAUUGAUAACAGUCUGGUCGCCUAAGGCAGAGGGACCGUGUAACUCUUUUCCUGCAUUUAAUCUGGCCGCAGUUUUUUAAGUUGCACAUACUUUGGACUGGAGUAUUGAGGGAAAAACGUCACUGGAAGUUAUUGCUUUCAUUGUAUUUUCUUACUUAUGUUUGGUUGUUCGGGUUUGACAUAAUCAUAUGAUAAAACAGGAGGGAUAUGUUAGGGUUUGCAGAAUAUCUUCAUCGUAUGAUUAUGUUGGAAUGUAACCUGUAAUAAUUUAACUAGUUUGUCCUGUCUAGACAAAAUUAGUUUACCAAAGUGCUAAGAUCAUUUCAACUGAUUGACUAGACGCAGAGGAAGCAAUCAAAGUUGCUUUGUUUACAGAAAGUCGUAAAAGGCCCCCUGCUAUGCUUUGAUCAGCAGGGGAGCGUCUCCACCCUAUCCUGUGUGUUCCAACACCCCCACUUUCAACCCCACUCUGUUUCUCUCAAUAAAUAAGCGCCUGACGAGGCCUGAGUCAGACUUCAUUCGACCAUCGCUGUAAGCACAGCGACGAGUGAACUCUCCGCCUGCAGGUGCCUGAAACGACUAA